GUGAAGGAGACAAAAAUUAAGCAGCUUCCCCAAGAAGGUUCGAUAGGUGGAUGCCACCAGAGAUAAACUAUAAGCAAAUACAUGACUAAAAACAACUGCGGUCUGCGGCAUAUUGUUGUGAUGUGGAGAGUGAAGGUGGCUGGCCUCAGCUUGGUGGCUGUUUCUCUCAGUGUGGAGCUGCUUGUCUGGCUCCUCCGUCGCCUCAGACCAAGAAAAGCCCUCAAUGAGGCCCUCUUCUUCCCCUCAGAGAUCGCCUGUGUGGAGCACAUCUUCACUCCUUCUUCACCACAUUCCUGUGUUUGUUUUUUGCCUCAUGGUGUUGAGACCUCUUUCUCCCGUCUGCUUCGCCACAUCCUGUCUACUUCCUCUUCACUGGAUUUGUGUGUUUUUGCCUUCUCCAACAUGGAUCUCAGCAGGGCUGUGCUUGCACUGUAUCGUAAGGGCAUAACCAUCCGUGUCCUCGCUGAUAAGGACUACACUGCCAUUACUGGCUCCAAGAUAGGGGUCCUCCACAAAGCUGGGAUCUGUGUGCGGUGCAAUGCCAACUCUGUGCACAUGCAUCACAAGUUUGCAUUGGUGGAUGGCCGGCUGCUCAUCACCGGCUCCCUCAACUGGACGCUGCAAGCAGUGCAGGGCAACAUGGAGAACGUUCUCAUAACUGAGGAGCCCGACCUGGUGCAGCCCUUCAUCAAGGAGUUCCACAGGUUAUGGGUGCUCAAUGAUCCAGCUCAGUGCCCAAAGCCAAGUGACCAGAAACCCACUCAGGUUUUCACUAAAACCAGUAACUAAUUAGACAUGAUGAAUGUUGAGUUAGAGCCCUUGAACCUUUGAGGUGAAGCCAGAAAAUGCCUUCAGUAGUGAUUUUUUUCUUUUUAUGAAGAGGCUGUGUUUCUUUAAGUGUUUGACAAUUUGUUGGAUGGUAGAAGUUUUAAGGCAUGUUUGGUAUUUUUAUGAAAAAAGGUCUGACUCUGAAUCUGUAGUUAAGAGUUUGUGGUUUGAGUUUCAUUUGUGCAUGCCUGUUAUUUUACUAUGUGCAAAACAAGCACUGCUUCAGUUGUGCUGCUUGACACAGGCUUAAUCCAAAGAUAAUAGACUAAAAUAUAUAGGCUAAUAUGAAGACAGUCGGGCAAAUUGAAAUCUCCUGUUGUUAGUGAGAACAUUUCAGUUUAAGUCUAUGUUUAGGUUUUUAUAUAUUGUGUCACAGGAGAUUCCACUGUUGAUUGAAUUGAUAGUCAACUUGGCUCAAAGAAAGCAGAGGGUAGAAGACCACAGAUGACUUUUUAAACAUAGAUUCAUUUAACAGAAUAACCUUUAUCUAAGGACUGUAAAGUAUGCAAAUCAAUAACAUCAGUGGUAAAUGGAGUAUGUGUACAGCAAAUGGACACAUCUGUGUGGUAUUGAGACAUACACGGAUGCACUGUACAUUUUGAGUUCACAGGAGCGUUUAUGGAAAGCAGGUUACAGUUCACACUAUCUGUAUACAGUGGAGUAUAAUUAGAGAUUGCACAGCUUGUAAAAAUAGUUUAUUGUUCAGGGUGUGCGUCAGUGGUUUCAGGAGCUACAGUAUGUUUUUCUGAGCACCAAUAAAAUCCCUCUUUCACACUGCUGUUUUGGCAGGUCCAUUGCAUCAUUGCCCUGCAGCUGUAGUUUUUCUCUUGCUCCAACAUGAUUCACUCUGCCUUCGAAUUCACAGAAUGCCUCAGCAAAAACACAACCAUACUCCUUGAUGUUUAACAAUACCCCCCUUUGAGGUUUGCAGACGUAAAGGCCUCAGCUGGUUUGUAUGACUUAAGACUUGUGGCCUAGUAUUUUGUCAGUUUAUAUCAUGAAGUUCAGUGUAAUAAAUGGUAAUGUUACCUUUUAUGAAUCAGCAGCUGCAUUUUAUUGGCAGUAUAUAAGUGACCAGUGUAACUGGGAAGGCAUAAGUUUGAGAAUUAGUAGCCCAGCUAAGGCCUGCUCCAUUCAACACAGGACCUGUACUGUACUUUACUCCUGUGCUGCAUCAAGUAGGCAGCAACAGGCAGAGUAAUACCGGAAGUAUG